AAGCCGAGCGGAGCCGGAGGAGGAGGAGGAGCAGCCGCCAGGCCCCGCCGCCCCAGCUUCGGCCAGCCCCGCAGCGCCAGGAGGGAACUUGCCCGGAGCGCCGCGCUCCGCCCGCUUGGCCGCCCGCAGCGCGCAGGGAACCCAGGCAGCGGCGGAGCGAGGAGAGGAGAGGAGGGCAGCUCGCCGCAGUCUCGGUCCGGGGGCUGGAGGAAGCCGAGCCGCCGCCUGCCUCCUGCCUGGCCACCCCGCGAUAAUCGCUAGCAGUAUGAUAGUCAUCUCUGUUGCUGUAAACAUGACUUGACAUUAUGACCACUGCAUUCAUGGGCUUUGGGUGAUCCACUAAAUCAUGGAGCUGAAAGUAUGGGUAGAUGGUGUCCAAAGGAUUGUUUGUGGCGUCACGGAAGUUACAACAUGCCAGGAAGUUGUGAUAGCGCUUGCUCAGGCUAUUGGUCGUACAGGAAGGUACACCUUGAUAGAAAAAUGGAGAGAUACUGAGAGACAUCUUGCACCUCAUGAAAACCCCAUAAUUUCCUUAAACAAAUGGGGGCAAUAUGCUAGUGACGUGCAGUUAGUAUUACGGCGCACAGGGCCAUCCCUCAGUGAGAGGCCAACCUCAGAUAGCGUUGCUCGGAUACCUGAAAGAACUUUGUACCGGCAGAGUUUACCCCCUCUGGCCAAGUUGCGACCUCAGAAUGACAAGGAAAUAAAAAGAAGGGAGCCAAAAAGGAAAUCUUUGACUUUCACUGGAGGGGCAAAAGGAUUAAUGGACAUAUUUGGCAAAGGUAAAGAAUCAGAGUUCAAGCCAAAAGUUCUCAACUGCAAGACUACCAUUGAUGAGUUGAAGAAACUGAUUCAUCUCCAGACAGAGAAGCUUCAGUCAAUUGAGAAACAUCUGAACUCUAACAAUGCUGAGAUCCAGUAUUGGGAGCAGAGAUACAGUUACAGCCUAGAAGAUGACAUUGUCAAACUGGAGCAGAAGAUUAAAAGGAAUGAGGUGGAAAUUGAGGAGGAGGAGUUCUGGGAAAAUGAACUCCAGAUUGAGCAAGAGAAUGAGAAGCAACUGAAAGAGCAGCUCCAGGAAAUCCGGCAAAGAAUCGUGGACUGUGAGAGCAAGCUGAAGGAAUAUGUGGCCCAGAUUCAAGGCAUGGAAAGCAGCCUGGAGGCAGAAAAGUUACAUCGGGAAGUGCAGGAGUCAAAAGUCAAUGAAAAAGAAGUCAAAGAGAAGAUCGGCAAAGUAAAAGGGGAAAUUGAUAUUCAGGGGCAGCAAAGCCUUCGACUGGACAAUGGAAUUAAAGCUGUGGAAAGGUCUCUGGGCCAGGCUGCCAAACGGCUGCAGGACAGAGAACAAGAGCUCGAGCAGCUGACCAAAGAACUGCGGCAAGUGAAUCUCCAGCAAUUUAUCCAGCAAACAGGGACCAAGGUCACUGUGCUGCCUGCAGAACCCUCCGAAUUGGAGGCUUCACACACAGAGCUCGAGAGAGAAGCACCAUUUCAGUCUGGAAGCCUGAAGCGCCCCAGUUCAUCAAGACAGCUUCCCAGCAAUCUUCGGAUCCUGCAGAAUCCACUGUCAUCUGGUUUUAAUCCAGAAGGCAUUUAUGUAUAAUACUAUAUACCUCUUUUGGAGAGGACCUAUGAAGGUACCACAGACCAUGUACCCUUCCCUCCUAUUGCUUCUGUUCUUCUAGUGAUAUAUGGAGAGAUGGGGAAAAAACCCUUCCUUUUAGAAGCCGCCAAGUUGUUGGUGUGUUUAUUUUUAAGCAGAUCUACAGCAGGCUUGGAAUCCUGCCCCAUGCACUGAACGAACAAUGAUGAUAAAGAACAAAAUGAACCAUGGAGCAUGCUUGUUUAGCAGUGUUUCAAAGGCCGCUGAACUGAAAUUACGCAAAUAACGUCCACUUUUUGUUGCCAUUUCUGAUGCAUUUAGAGAAGUAUUAUUCCUUAGCUGGCAUAAAUGACUGAUACCGAGUGCAAGAAACUCUCCAGGCAAAUGAAUUAGGAUUUAAUUUAUUCCAUUGAACUGGAGGAUGUGCAUAUGUUGACAUGUAAGGCUUUGCUCCUGCACUUCUUGGCAAAAAGUAGAACUGAUGGUAUAGCCUAAUCCAAGACUGCUGUCUAAAACACCAUGCCUUGUGAUGAUCCAUACAGAGAGGGAUCCUAGGGCCGCAUUGGGCUCCAUCAGAUUGCAAGUUGUCCUACUGUCUCUUCAUGUUGCUGGCCGCCCCUGGAAGGGGCAGAGAAACGCACACCAUGAACAUACCACAGCAUGGGUUAAAUGAUCUGAUGCACUGUGGGGAAAUGAGGAGAAUUCAUCACAGGCUGGCCAUUCUUCAGCAGCAGUCUUGUGUUGGGUGUAAUGCAUAGUUCUGCCUUAAUGUCCAUAUUUGCAGUCUGAAGUUGCAUGUGUGUCUGGGUGCUUGUGUGUGAAUCUGAACAUACAGGAAUGAAUAUGACCACAGAGUGAUAAAUUGCUAUGAUUCACAAUGGCAGGAUGCUGUUGAGAGGAAAGAUGUUGAGUCUCUUUUUAUUGUUGAAAGGCCUCUAAUAUUUUUGUUAUGUUGCCAGUAAUGUCAUACAGCCAUUGCAGGACUUUUAUAAGCUUACUUUAUCGUAUAAGCUCCACAAGAUUUAACCUUCACCUAGUAAGGUUCUGUUCAGUAUAUGAGGAUCUUUGAGUCCGAUGAUGUUUUAUUAUAUGGAGUGUGUAUCUGAGCUGCUUUGACAUAUUAAGGAUGCUUGCUGAGGAACAAAAAUGUUACUGAGAUAUCUUCAGUCAAAUGUCUUGCCAAAGGAAAUUGUCACACGGUUAUUGUUUUUUGUCCUGGGUUGUGUUGCUAACACUUGUAUUCUUCUAUUGUAAUAAUCCAGUUUAAUCCUUCCCUCUACGGUUUGCGAGUCACCCAAGCCCUUUUUUGUGGCCUCCCAGGGGUUUGACAACAGGGCUGCUUCUGCCAUCCAGGGCAAACAGUGAAAACAGAUGAUUGGGCCCCUUCAUAGGCCAAUAUAGAGGGCUCAACCAUGAUUCCCAGAGCGAAGGGUAGGCAAAGAGAAUCACAGAUGGUGCUUAUGUGGCCAAAUGAUUUGUUCACAGAACUAAAGGAGGGGAGGGAGGGAGGGGGGGGGGAGAGAGAGAGAGAGAAUAUGUAUGGAGCGAGUGAAAGUUCUGUAUGCAAGAUUAUUUCUAAAACAGUGUUUUAUAAUAGGAAGAAAUUGACCCAUUUUAAUAAUGGAGCUCAUUUGAUUAUUAAAGAUACUUUGUCACCAAAUGCAACCCAAAAUAACUGAGUAUCUCUAGAGAAAAGAAAAUGAUUGCAUGCCAGCAGAGAUAGAAAUAAGUGCAUGUAAAUCACUGUCCAUGCCAAGUUUUGUUUCUGUAAUUGCAUCUCCAGUGGUUGGACUCCUUUAUAAUACUUUCAAGAUCACAAGUGAUUUCAGUGUGCACAGUAUUACAAACUCAUUCCGAAUCUAGGCCUCCCCUCCCCUGAUGCAUUUAAUGUGCCUGGACCACACUUUCAUUCACCAGAUAUAGAUCUGGUUUACCGGUAUCCGAUAUACAUCUGGAUACCGUUUACAUGCCCUGUGACCUCAGCAAGGCAACCUCCACAUUUGGGGCAGAAUUUAAGGCUGGUCCUAUGAACAACUUUUGGUGCUGAAUGGAUAAACUUGCAAACAACAGUCCAGAGACAAGAGAGUCAAUCCUAACAACCCACAAUAACCUUUUAAUGAUCAGUGUCCUCUGAAACCCAUGCUGAUUCUGGAAUAAGCACAUGCUGUUUUGACUCAAAGGUUGGGUGAAUUUUCCAGUGUAAAAUGUAUGAAUAUAUUCUAGCCAAAAAGCAUAAUACAGAUGCCUUGAGUUUAUAAAGAUGUUUAAACAUCCCAUUCUUUCGAGGAGGGGGGUUGGAGGGAACCUUUUCUUUAUUUGAAUCUGACCUUGUUUGAACCAGUUCAGUAUCAUGAUGAUGCAUGGUGCAUUCCCCAGGAGAGGGGAUGCUUAAAAAGGGAUAGAAGAAGAGAACCCUCUUAACUGCCUACACUUUUUCCAGUAUUUGUAUUGGUCUCAUAGAAAUUGGACAUGAGUGCACAGUCGAAUGUUUAUUUCAGUGGAAGAUUAACAUGCUUGUGUUUUUCUUGAUUAAGCACAUUAGAUUUAAUACAUCCCACACAGAUUUUCUACUCUUAAGCCAUUGUUUCAGUGCUUUGCAAGACUGGGUUUGUGGACCAGGCUGUCUCCAGAAGUCAAUAUCUAAAAUGUAAGAUUUGUAUAUUUGCAAAGCUCAAAAGCGAAGGUGGUAUCUCUGUAAUCAUUCUCUUAAAUACAUAAAGGAUAUGAUGUAGAAUACCAAGUUGGACUUGUUUAUUUGCAGAUAAAAAUGGAAAACGGGCUUCUAUUAAAUUUUGGAGAUGCUGAUUCUGUUCACAGCCGUACUCUAAUAAGACACACAGAAUCUGCAAAAUGCACGGAAGUGUUAUUUUUAGUUUUCACUGCACAUGUCAUAUUUCUAACAUAACUUUGACAGUGUAAAUCCCUAGUUCAAAGAGUCCAUAGAAAAUUGUGGAUUUGUUCCUCUUUCGCUCUGUUUGGAAUAUUCAAAACAUUCACAACAAUAGGAGAAAAGAGACAUGAGAUUGUAUAUGGGUGCCAAAUUGCUUGAGCAUGUAUUCCUUUCUUGGUGACUCUGUUGUCAAGGCACAUUUCCUUUAUUUACAUGCAAGCCCACGUUUGCAUGCAGUGUCACACCACUAUCAUACAGUUAAAAUGAAUUCACUUAGCACCUUCCCCCUAAUACAUGUGCCAAUAAGCCCAUAAAGUAUUCUAGCAGAUGUGUUCCCUUGUUACAAAAUAUAUUCCUGAAAUAUGAAAACGUAAUAAAGAAAUAAAAGAAAUGGGGCAUUGUCUCUUAUAUCACAUGAUCAAACAGGAUUGACAUAAUUGAGUUGUAAUUGUGCAGGGAAGGACCUCUGAGCAGAUUUUCACAACCAGCUUCAUCCAUAGCUUCUAAGCAGAGUACAGAUUGUUUGCACAGAUAGAACUGCUGUUAUGGAAUUUGGGGUCAUGUGAGGAUAUUCAGUAUUAAUUAUGAUUCAUUAGACUAUGUGCACCAUCCAAAAGCAGACUUUAAAAAAAUUAUUCCAUGUAUAGUAAGGUGUAUUAUUUUAAGACUGCUCUUUCUAUUCCUAAGUUUUAAGCUUGCAUCUUUUGUCAGAUUCUCCAUCCAUACACGCCAGGUUUCUUAAAGAGGUUGAAGAAAUGCAAGCAACUCACACACCCUCUGAAAAGAAUCUCCAAUGUAGACAUUUGUUCCCAGUUUAUGCAUGCAGAUGUCUGGAUUUUGCCUUUCAAGCAAGUCCCAUUGACAGUAGUUGAUACCGUUUUUUGCCACUGGUUGGAAACAAAAGGGCCUGAAGACAUCCUACUAUUUAUCCAAUUUGACCCAUGGCCCUCAUUUUGAUAGCAUCUCCAGUCUUUAUAAUAUUGGCUAGGAGGGAGGAAGAGAGAAGUUGGCUGCAUUUACUGUUUUCAGACCUCAGAUGUUUGAGGAAGGAUGAGAAGGUAUUCCAGCAGGAGAAUGUGACUAUUCCCCUUUCUACCGUCUACUUUUUUUCAAGGAAGUAUGCCAUAUUUGGAGAUCCAUUGCUCAAAAAGAUCUUGGUUCUUCAUGUGCCUGAGAACAUUGGAUUUCUUGGAGAAUAUGAGUUAUGGGGGAGAAGCUAGCCAAAAAGCAGUUUAUCCUACAUCCUCAAUAGAAUUGGCAACAUCUCAGGCCUUGGCUUGUACUCUCUGAAGUCAAGGUCUUAGACACCAAGCCUAGAUCACGCCCCAAUUCCUCUAAAGCACCUGCAGGGUUUCUCAGCAUAUCAAUCUGUAUGGAGAGGUGCCCACCUCUCAACAACCCAAGAACAAAGACUGUCAUUCAUAUGAAAUUCACCACUUGCACAUUGUUAAACAUUUCCCAAGAGUUAGUGAUAUAGUUUGAGACACGCAGUCCUUGUUUGUUGGAUGAGAUUUGUGCCUUCAGAUAGACGUUGGGCUGAUGAAUUUGAAAAACACAAGACUUUUACUUGAAGUGAGUGUUGCUUUUCUUUUUAGAACACUUUCUACAUUUUGUAAGUCACCUGAUGGGUCAUAAUUCCAGCAAGGUGUCAGUAGAUUUCUGGCAGAAAUGCAACCAAGUUUCCACAUCCUUGAGGCAUGUACUGCUAAGGCAAACACACCCUCCUAUAUUGUGUAUGUAAGGGAAUGAGAACUACUGUAGUCAGUGCAAGCAGGCCUUGCUGAUGUCCUGUUCUCUUGUCUUUGCCAACCUUGAUGAACAGGCCAUACAAGAGUCAGAAUUUACCUGCCUGUGCCUAGUUCUUAUUAAAGGUAAUGGGCUGGAUCCAGCACAACACAAUUUUCACACGUGCAAGUUGGCAGAGCUUAACGACUUCCUCCUCCUAGGCCAUCUCAAAAUGAACCCCUAAAUCCUGUUCCUCAAGGUCCCCUUUCCCCUAAGACCGGGAUUAUUGGGGGGAGGGGUCAGGCUGCUGCAGGAGGGAAAAGCUGAGAAAAUCACAUUUGGCGGGUGCAAAUCUUUGACUAGCGGAAAUACUGUCCUGAAUGCAGCCCACCAUCUGCAAUAGGUAAUAGCAUUCAAAUUGAGAUCUGUGUGAAUCAGCCCAGAAUGACUUUGUUUGUGUGUGGAUGUAUUUUUAAAGCAAGGGGGGGCGCUAAUUCAAAGCACUUGGGGACCUGCAAAUACAUUCAGACAAGAUGUAGAAGAUAUUUUAUUUGUAAUAGGCUUGAGAAAAAGACUGACCAUUAUUCAUUGGUCUCCUCUGAGAGCCAGCCAUAGUGUGAUGACACCCUUGUAUCUCCCACAGGGAAGUCACUGUCAUUUUAAACUGAUUUAAAAAUGCUGUGAAGGCCUCAUCCUGAUUGCAUCCUCAGCCUGAUUGGAACCUCAUUGGGUUAUGGUGCUGGUCUCUUCUGCUAAUGCAGCUUUUCAAGCACUGGAACGGCCACAGCCAGAGGUAUUUUAGCACUUGCAAAGGUACCCGAUUAAGAUCAGGCCCUUGUGGCAUUUUUAAAAUCCCUUUGAAACGACGGCAUCCCUGUGACCAUUCAGAUGCUGUGGUCUCCAGUUUGGCUCUGAUGUAUUUUAUGUUAUUACUUUGGUUUGCAUGUAUUUCAAGUACAGCUGAAUUUUGCAAGAGGACACGAUAAACUUGAAGUAUGAGAAGGUUUAGUUUGGUUCAACAGUUCAUAGCUUGUGGGCACAUAUUACAUGUUUAUAAUGAUGCUGGAAAUAUACAGGUUCCCAGUAUUCUGUACCUUGUGUGAAUUGGGCCUUAAUAACCAUAUGUAAAUAACCAAACUGUAUUCAGAUUUAUUUUCCAUUAUUGAAUAGUUCUGCGCUGUAUUUUUAACAAAAUGUCAGAAGUGUUUCUUUUAUAUUCUAGCAAUUUUUUAGCCAUUGAUUCAUGCACAUUUAUUCUAUUUGUUACAGUAUUUGGAUGUUUUGGAUGAAGGCCAUCUGUUGUAUGGAGAUGACAAAACAAACCAUUCUGUCAGUUUAUUUAUUCAGUAUUUUGCUGCUUUUCUCUUUUUUAAAAUAAAGUUUCCAUUGCCAAUACACUACAAUCGAAAA